GACAGUGUUCACUUCCAACAUGGCGUCAUCCAGACUGGAGAUUAAUUUUAUCAGAUUGUUGUCCCGCUGUGAAUCCAUGGCGUCGGAAAAAAGAGGGGAAGCGGAAUGGAGAUUGGAGAAGUAUGUUGCAGCUCUGGAAGACAUGUUGGUGGCUCUGAGGAAAAACCCAAGCAAACCAACACAAGAGGUCCUGACAGAAUAUACAAGAAAAGUCGAUUUUCUAAAAGGACUUCUGGAAGCAGAGAAGCUGCCGUCACCAACAGAAAAGGCUUUAGCCAAUCAGUUCCUUGCUCCAGGUCGUACGCCUACGAUAGCCAAUGAGAGGAUGCCAGCCACUAAAACAGUUCACAUUCAGUCGAAGGCCAGAUGUACAGGGGAGAUGAGAGACGAGCUGCUCGGCACGCGGUUGUCUGCUAAAGGUACAACGGAUGGAGACCUAAGAAAUAGAAGAGGCCUUCCUCUGGAUGAGCGCCAGUCGGCAGCCGAGCUGGACGCCGUCCUGCAACACCAUCACAACCUGCAGGAGAAACUGGCAGAGGACAUGCUCAACCUAGCCAGGAAUCUGAAGAACAACACUCUGGCAGCUCAAAACAUCAUCAAACAGGACAAUCAGACCUUGAGCCAAUCUAUGCGUCAAGCUGACCUUAACUUUGAAAAGCUGAAGACGGAGUCUGAGCGGCUGGAGCAGCACUCCAAGAAGUCUGUGAACUGGCUGCUGUGGCUGAUGCUCAUCCUGGUCUCCUUCACUUUUAUAAGCAUGAUCCUCUUCAUCAGAAUCUUCCCCAGACUCAGAUGAUGACACAGCCUGGCUCCCAUCCUCCGUUUUACCUGCUGGGCUUCAGAUCAGCUGUGAGCGGAACAGAAAAUGCCAGUUAAACUGACUGAAAUGUCUGAAGGUGCAGGAGCAGCCAUCAGCUGUCUGCUCUCAGCUGUGUUGGAUUAAUCCACGAGGCGCCCGCUCGAGGUCGGAGCGGUUGGACCCUAAUCUUGCAUCAUUAAAUUACAUGAAGUUAAAACACUUUUUUGUUUAUAGAAAUCUCUGAUCCCUCAUUUAAACAUUUACUGCCUUAUUAAUAGUGGGGGGGAUGAUGCAGGCUAGGGUAUUUGUAAUCAGACGAAUCUAAAGACUUCCAGCUUUUGACUUGGUUCAAAUCUAUAACUGCUGCAGUUCAUAAUGGCUUGUUUUAGAAAACACUAAUGGUGG